CCAUUUCCCCAUAAAGAGCCCACAUACAUGAUUUACAAGAAGUCCGAGAGCAGGACAGGCUGGAUCUUUCGUCCCAACAAUUGGACCUAUCGAGGCAGAUGCUCAAGCACAUUGAAGAUACCCAAGUGCUCUUAGAGAUUGUAGUGAUUGGUGGCCAAGUCGAUCAUGGCCGUGAAAAUGAAGAAGGAGAUAUGCUCCUUUCGAAGGCGGCGGCUGGAGGGCACCGGCGAGCAGUCCGGGCUUUGUUGUAUGGGUCUCACGACGAUAUCAACACGAGGGAUAAGAUGGGACGUACCCCACUUUUUUGGGCAGCAGAAGGCGGACACUUGGACGUUGUCAGAGAACUAGUCAAGGAGGGAGCAGAGGUUUCUUUUGAGGAUCAAGAUAAUUUCACAGCCAAGGACUUGGCAUACCGGAGGGGGCAUUCGGAAAUUGUUUCAUUACUCGAGCCUUUGAUGCAACGCGAUGAUGAAAAAGGAAAAAAACUGUCUGUUUUUGCUAUGUCUAUUACUCCCUCCAGUUGGAAGUCCGAUGCUGCAUAUCAUUCUGCAUCGUGCACAUCGCCUCCAACAACACCUCUAUAUCCAAAACGCAGACAAACGGGAAGUAACAUACUAAAAGAAUGCCACAAGGAUGGUGGUCGGCGCCGUCUCAAGAGCUUCCAGACCAGCUGCUGGCGUAUUCGCGUAGGGAGGGUUUCUGGGAUAGUACUGGCGGCCAGCGUUGUGACUUGGUUGAUGAAAGGAGAAGAGAUAAUGGAUCCCUAAUGGCCCCAUUCCUGAGGGGUCGAGGCUAAGAAUUGUGGGGACGUGUUGGAGAUUGGACGAGAGGAGGGCCGUGGUUGUUUGCUCCAAAUUGAUCAAGGGUAAUGAAGCAAGGGGGUUCUCGGAGUGACCCACUCAGAUUCGUUCAUCGAAGGAAUCGAUGAAAGGGAAGAGUUACUGGAAGUGACAAUCUUAUCGUCAUAAUAUCCGAGGUCGGUGUAGUGUUGAUAUAGCAUUAAAGUUAGUCCACUAGAAAUAUCCAGACUUAGCUAGACAUCAAAAGUGAAAAAAUUGAAGCAUAGUACCGCG